GCUUACGCUCCGCUCCGAAUGCUUCUUCUGUAUUACAGUUGCAUCUGAUUCUUGCUAGACGCCUCCUUUGUACUUAGAUCGGCGCUGACGACGCCAGCGUAACGACAAGAACGACUAGGCUAUGACUGGCAUGAACGUAGGAAAAUCGACCAUGACGAGGAGGAGGAAGAGCUCGAGAGUAGGCUCGGAUUCCGCAGUUGAUGGGUUAAAGGCGAAGAGCAGAGAUGUAGACGGCGAUGGUGAGCUGCACGCCAUUAAGGACGAGCUGAAGAAGGAGGCGAAGGAGGUGAAGGAGAAGCUCCGGAAGGAGGAUCCGAAAUACCGUAACUUCUUUACUAGUCGAAGGUUCCUAUUCCCUCUAGGCAUCUUUGUCGGUCUCCUGCUGGGAUUCAUAUUCAUCAAACCGGUCGACAUCCCAGACAUCCCCGCCAGUCUAGCCGUCCUCUUGAGUGAAUACGACAUCUCUCUACCAGAGUUCCCACAACUCGACUUGUCUAGGGUUGAGACGGAGUGGCGGAGGCUCACGAGCAAUAUACCCGAGAUAUGGAAACUGAAUAACGACGGCCGCGAGUUCCAGGUUGGAGACCAGAUGGCUGCGCGAGGGCUAAGUGCUAUGUACCCGGUCGUACUGAUCCCUGGGGUGAUAUCCACUGGUCUGGAAUCGUGGUCAACAUCACCCGAGUACCGCACCUUUUUUAGACAGAAAAUGUGGGGCGGCUUCCACAUGGUCCAACAAGUGACCUUCAACAAAGACAAAUGGAUGGCUGCCUUGAUGCUUGAUCCAGUCACCGGCCUCGAUCCCGCUGGCGCAAAGGUCAGAGCUGCAGAAGGGAUUGACGCUGCAAGUAGUUUUAUACACGGAUAUUGGAUUUGGUUUGGAUUGCCUUCCAGCUGGAAGACACGAAGCUCACUGCUACCCUGCAGGUCAAAAAUCGUAGAGAAUUUGGCUGUGGUCAACUAUGAUACCAACAACCUAUACUUGGCACCGUACGACUGGCGACUAUCAUACUAUAAUCUAGAGGAAAGGGACGGAUACUUUUCGAAACUGAAAGCGAUGAUAGAGGGUUUCAAGAAACGACAAGGACGGAAAGUAGUCUUGACGGCUCAUUCCAUGGGCAGCACGGUUCUCCUGUAUUUCUUUAAAUGGGUCGAGUCACCGCACCAUGGAGGAGGUGGAUCUGAAUGGGUCGAAAACCAUGUGGAGGCUGUUAUUUCCGUGGCCGGAACUCAUCUGGGCGUCGCAAAAGCGAUGGCUGCUUUCUUAUCAGGAGAGAUGAAGGACACGGUCCAGAUGAAUCCCGCUGCCACAUACGUGCUAGAACGCUUCUUCUCGAGAAAGGAGCGAGGCAAGCUCUUCCGCUCCUGGCCAGGAAGCGCCAGUAUGUGGGUAAAGGGCGGAAAUGCCGUGUGGGGAAACGGCACCUUCGCCCCGGACGAUGCGGAGAAUGCGUCCCAUACACACGGCGAACUCAUCGCGUUCCGCCACGCGCUGGCUACGACGCAGGACUUGGAGGUUGGGAAUAUGACCGCGGACCAGGCGGGGACGUGGGUAUUGGAGCACACACCUACGACGUUCCAGAAAAUGAUGGCGACUAACUACUCGAACGGGAUUGAGAGAGAUGAAGAGCAGCUUGCGAGGAAUAACCUUGAUCAUAGAAAGUGGACUAAUCCGCUCGAGGUCCAACUCCCAUAUGCUCCGUCCAUGAAGUAUUACUGCGUUUACGGACACGGCAAAGAAACAGAGCGAUCCUACUGGUACGCGAGAGGCGAGUUCGAACACGACGAGUCCUCUCCCGACGGGAGCAACGCGAUGUGCUCCAACGCCUCCGACUGCCUCACCCCGCGCGCGCCGCUCGACUUGCCGCUCAUGCGGCGCAGCUGGAUCGACGCCGAGUACACGGACGAGGCCGCGCAGCCCAAGAUCCGGAACGGCGUGAAGAUGGGCGAGGGCGACGGGACGGUGAGCCUGCUCAGCCUCGGCGCGAUGUGCGUGGAGGGGUGGAAGCGGAAGCGGUGGAACCCCGCGGGGAUCAAGGUCGUCACCGUCGAGCUCCCGCACCGCCCGAUCCCGAGCAUCCCCCGCGGCGGCGCGAACACGAGCGACCACGUCGACAUCCUCGGCUCGACGGCGCUGAACGAGAUCAUAUUGAAGGUGGCGACGGGCGCGGGGGCGGAGGUGGAAGACCAGUUCGUGUCGAACAUACGCGAGUACGCGCGGCGGGUGCAGUGGGAUUGAGUGUCGGGAGCGGGCGGGGGGUGGUAGGCUUAGAUGUCAUGAUCGCGGUAUUUAUGGAUGUAAUGUAUCGGUACGCAUACUGACCGUCACGCCGAGUGUUACG